UUUCUUUAGCCACGCAUCUUAGUGUUUCUUUCUUUGGUUUUGUGCUCCAUCCUGCAGAGCAAUACCCUUCACAUUUCUUUAGCCACGCAUCACAUUUUGCAAACAAUAGGCUUUGGUAGACAGAGAAUUAGAGAUUGAUCCAGAAACUACAAAUUAAUGGAGCUUCUACGAGAUCAAGAAACAUCAGAACCCGUGAGCCCUUCAGGGCAAUUUCUGAACAACUCUGUUCUGUCACUCUCUAUCAUUGCUGUUUUGGAAUUGGAAGUGCCUUUUGAUGACUCUCUAGCUGUUCCAUUGCUCAAUGAUGUUUUCCUCCCUAUUAAUCCUCGUUUCUCCUCCAUUAUGGUUACAGAUAACGAUGGAGUAAAGCGAUGGAAAAAGGUUGAGGUGAGGCUCAAAGAUCAUGUCAGUGUUCCAGUUUUCGCCUCCGGAAUGUCAACACAAUUUUAUGAUGAAUGCCUUGAUGAUUAUCUUUCAAAAAUGGCAAUGGAACAAUUUCCACAAAGCCAGCCAUUGUGGGAAGUUCACAUUAUAAAAUAUCCCACAAGCCAUGCAGCUAGUAACAUAGUGUUCAAGUUUCACCAUUCCCUUGGUGAUGGCAUCUCUUUAAUGGGAGCUCUCCUUUCUUGUUUAAAAAGAGCUGAUAAUCCUUCUCUUCCCUUGACAUUUCCUUCUGUUCAGUUGCAUGCCAAUAAGAAUGGCAGAGAUCUUAGCAUGUUCAGGAAAGUGCCUAGAUUUUUGUCAUCGGUUUACAACACGCUAUCAGAAAUGUGUUCAACCAUUGCAAAGAGUUCCUUGUUCGAGGAUGACAAGACACCAAUACGAUCCAGGCAUUCUGGGGUGGAGUUUCUUCCUGUUUCCAUAACAACAAUGACUUUCUCUCUUGAUCAUAUCAAACAAAUCAAGGCCAGGCUUGGAGUGACAUUAAAUGAUGUCAUUACUGGAACAAUAUUCUUGGGAGUUAGGAUAUACAUGGAAACAGUGAGUCAAGGAUCAGGCAACGCACGUAGUACAUCAUUGGUGUUGCUUAACACAAGAGUGCAUGGAGGCUACAGGUCGGUCCAAGAAAUGUUAAAACCUGGUGCUGAGUUGCCAUGGGGUAACCAUUUUGCUUUCUUGAACAUACCGAUUCCCAAGUUCAGAGAUGAAGAGGCUAGGAAUAAUCCCCUGCAAUUUGUCUUGAAAGCAAGAAAAGUCAUCAAGAGGAGGAGAAGCUCAUUUGGUGUUUACCUCACCGCCAAGUAUCUUCAGCUUGUUGGGAAAUUUAGCGGUCCAAAGAGAGCAUCUCAAUACAUACAUGGCACGUUGGAGAAUACAAGCAUAGGAAUCACAAAUUUAAUGGGGCCGAUGGAGCAGCUGGCGGUGGGUAACAGUCCAAUCAAGGGGCUAUACUUCGUGGUGACAGGGUCGCCUCAGAGCCUUAUGACUGGAAUAGUAAGCUAUGCCGGACAGCUCAGAGUUGCUUUGCUUGUAGAAAAGGACUUCAUCGAUCCACAGAAGCUCAGGUCACACAUAGACAAGGCAUUUGGCAUGAUUUUCAAGGCUGCAUGUGGAACAAGCACCGAUCCGCCGGCCAAUUAAUGAUUUGCUGGAGAAAGAAAAUCUGCACGGUCGGCUUUUCGCACUGAUAUGUAUCAAUGAAAAAUUAUUGGCGUUGACCUUCAAUAAAUAUUCCUGCAAGAUAUUACAAUAAAGAAAAUAGUGUUCAUCCC